GUUUGACAGAUAUACAGGAUUACAAAAAUAAUCCCACUUGCUCUCAUUGAGCAUGCGCAAAGUGAGGUGAGAAAGACGAGGGGAAGUCAGCGAUCGGUAAAAUCUCAUCAUCUUCCCAGCACUCGGAAAUCUCCGGUGAUGAACUAAACAAGACGAGGCUCUCCGCUGACCUGUUCCAUGCUUCCAAAGCAUUGAAGCAAAACAUCCUUCAUCUAGAGAAACACCUGAGCGCUUGCAGAGGUCUCACACACGCGCUGGUGUGGUCUUGGCGCCGGAUGCCCGACCACGCUAGCUCCCGGACAGCGGGCGUUGGCUCGACAUGUCGGUGAGAAGAUGGACAGCCGGACGUCCAGAUGUGAGCUGAUCGAGCUGAAGGACCUCAGCGUGAAUGAUCCCAUCGAGCUGGCGGCCCGUGAGCCUCGCGGCGCUCCAAGUCGGCUCGGACGCUUCCACGUUGUCCGACUGGUGGGGGACACGGUCAGCAUCGAGGCCCCGCCCGCAGAGGCCGCUCGCGGUCACGACUUCCAUGCUUAUGGUCAUACUCACCUCACCUGGUGCGACCUGUGUGGAGAAUUCAUCUGGGGACUUCACAAGCAGGCUUUACGCUGCACCAAUUGCAGUUACACUUGUCACCACAGAUGUCGAGUGCUCAUCCGGCUGGACUGCAGCGGCACAGAGCAUCUGUCGGCAGAGCGGGCGGAUUUUUCCGUGGAAUCUAUUGAGACGGACACCGAUGUGGAUGAGCAGACUGACUGGCGCAAGCGGGAGUUAAGCGUGGGUGAAGUCCAUCAGAAGGUCCAGGAGUACAACGCUCAGGUUAACAGCAACCUCUACAUGCUGGUGAAUAAGGACGGCUCCUACACCGGUUUCAUCAAAGUCCACUUUCAUCUGGUUCGUCCCGUCACCCUGCCGCCUCCUCAGAGUCUCACCCAGGAGGAACAGGAGCGCGGCCGAUCUCUGCGGCGACGGACGUCUUUCUACCUCCCUAAAGACGCAGCCAAGCACCUGCACAUAAGCUCCCGCACACACGUGCGAGAAGUCAUCGAGGCCUUGCUGAACAAAUUCACUGUGGUGGACAACCCCGCUAAGUUUUCCCUGUUUGAGCGCACCCACAGGCACAGUCAAGUCUAUCUGCGGAAAUUGAGCGACGACGAGCGCCCCCUGCAGCUGCGCUUGUGUGCAGGACCGAGCGAAAGGGUCCUGAGUCUGGUCCUCAAGGAGAAUGAGACCGGGGAUGUUCAUUGGGAUGCAUUCAGCUUUCCUGAACUGUGCAACUUCCUGCGUAUCCUGCAGCGUGAGGAAGAGGAGCACGUACGGCAGAUAGUGAGGCGCUACGCUCACGCUAGAGACGUGAUGAAGGAAGCCAUGGCUAGGAUUUCUGCUCCUGCGUGACUCUGGGGCAACUCCAGGAAUUCCGGAGUCAAAGGGAAGGACAAAAAGAAAGAAAGACAGGGAUUGUGGUUUUCCACCAUACUUCAUGUGAAGGUGAUGUUAGCAGACAGGGGAACAAGAGCAAUACUGCUUUGGUUAGAAGAUGUACUGUAUAGAAAACACACUAUGGCUAUGAAUAUAUAAUGUGAUAGUUUUGUUGAUCACAUGACACCAUUUUUGCACUUUAGUGAAGCUGUGGAGAGUCGUUGGAUGACUAAUUAUCUAAUAAACUUUUGGGUGUUAUUGUCAUGAUUACGAGUUCCAUUUUUGGUAGAAGAUGCCGUUAGUAUGUAUGAAAAGUACUUUUUAUGGUACUACUUCAUGCAAACUCUUGCCAACAGCCUCCCAUGAACAGCCAUGCAAAACACACGUCAC